CUUAAUGAAGCUGCUGCAUCUGCUGAAGAUGGGUUCCAGGGACGAUUACGACUGCAGCUGAUUAUUCCAGAUAUCUACUGCAAUCAGAGACUCAUUUCGCGGUGCAUGUCCCGGGCAUCAUCCAUGUUUGUUUUCUACCGCGUGGAGAACACACUUCAAUCGCGUGAACUGCCACUCUGCGGAUGCCUACCUGCCUCGACCCAACCACCCCCCAAUACCCCACCACUUUGUCUUUCUGACGAUAUGGGCCGCUGGAGAAUUUGCCUUAUAGUAAAAUUCAGAAAUGCCUUACAAAGAUGGAUGUACGGAAAGGAAUUUCGUAGAGCUAUUGAAUGUUUAGAGGCAAAAAUCAUGUUUCUCAAGUGCAAAAGACUUCAUCACCCAGCCACCGUCUCUGCUUUCAUCGAGACAGGCAUAGCCGAAACGUCGAUUAAAGUGCCAAUGCAACGAUCCUAUACUGGAAACGACCGUGUCAUACCAUCUUCUCUCGCCAAUGUUUCCUGCGCUAGCCUGGGCAUUGAUGGACUCUUGGAUUGGCUCAAUUCAACACUCGGAACCACAUACCCUCUGGAUACCCCAUCUAUAUCUUCCCUUCUCGAAACCUGCAUUACGAAUGAAUACGACUUUGGCACUGCAUAUGGUUAUCUCCGCCCAAGAUGGUAUAAUGAAAACUGGACCAGCAUUCAAGACACACUACGUAUCAGUGAGGCAGAGGACAAACAGAGACGUGAACAAGCGCUCAUCGGUAACCGAAUCGUCAACCCGCACAUCAGCCCCCGACGAGUCUGGGAUCUGUACAGUAAUCGGGUGGUACCGCAGUGGAUCCUCCGGCCCAAGCCACAGGAAGACUGGCUAUGGGCGAUAUCGCAUGCUUGGAUGGAUGAGAAGUCUCGUGUCAAGGAAUGGACACCCAUCAACGGAAAGGAAUGGCCCGUGCCCAUCCCGGCAGACACCAACCUCAACUUCGUCCGGAUCGAGAUGCUCAACCUGGGAGCAGAGUACGCGUGGCUUGACGUUCUCUGUUUGAGACAGGCUGAGAAAGACGGGUCGAGGGAGGAUAUACGUGAGGAUGAGUGGAAGCUGGACGUACCCACCAUCGGACGUGUGUACCAGAUAGCCAAGAACACGGUUGUGUACAACUUGAGUGGGUUGGGCAGGCCUUUAGCUUUCGAAGAGGGUGACUUGGAGAGUCCUCGUUGUUGGUUUAGACGCGCUUGGACGCUACAGGAGACCGUCGAGAGUCCCAUCUUUGCAGGGGAUAUGCCUGAUGGACCGCUGCAACUCAAGCAGAUAUGCCCUGGUCAAAAUGACGUAGUGACGAAGUUUCACAAGCAGUUGGGAAGGCUGAAGAUCAUAUGUUGCAAUCCACUCGGUAUAUUUGGCGUUCUGACGCAUAUGAAAGAGCGGGAGUCGGAGAAUCCUGUCGAUAAAGUUGCAGGGUUGGCAUUUCCUUUGAGAUCGGAGACAAUACCGGCGUAUCGUGAGAAAAAGGACCUCGAGGAUGCUUGGACAGCGCUUGUAGAUGUGAUGGGGAAGUCGUUUCGGGGACAGAUGUUCUUCCUAUAUCCUGAACCGGGAGUAGGGUCCACGAAAUGGAGACCGUCGUGGGACCAGAUUAUGACGAAGCCUCUGCCAGUGGAUUGCUUAUCCAGGGCGGAAGUUUAUCUGGACGACAAGACGCGUAGCGAUUGCUGUAAGUUGUUCUGCAUUGAACAGGGGUUGGUGAAAGGGUUGAAUACGGAAUUCGCGGAAGGCGCUGACCGGUGUGGAGAGUUGAUUGUUGAAGGCAUAGAUGGGACAGAGCACACAUUCAAAAUCGUUGCCACACACAAGUACCCAAUACCAGAAGGCACGUACACACUUCUACGUGGAAGACAGGAUCUGCAGUACUGGGUGGUCGGGCGAAGACUGCCACAGGGAGAGUUCGAGAAAGUGUCAGUGUUUACGAUGUCCGACAAAAGGGAAAUAGUAAGGUUAAAGGGUCUGGACAUCGCUAAAGAAUCUCUUAAUAUUCUUGUUUAAUGUAUUUAAUGUAUGAACGGACAUACUCAGUGUGGUCGGGUUGCGGCCUGACGAUAUGCACCACACACUACAAAAGCUUAGCUAUUCCUGAAGCUUAUGCCCGUUCAAU